AUGCGCCCACAAACCAUCGGGGCUCUCGCGCUUCUCGGCAGCGUCUCGCUCGCAGCGGCCAAUGAUGUUGUCUCUCUCAUGCUUCCAAUGGUGGAUCAGCAAGAUCUCGUUGCGAAAGUUAUCGGCAGUGAUGGCCCGAUGACCACAUACCUGAUCGGUUGUCCGGAGGGCGCUGAUUCUAACGAUUGUGGUGUGGGGAAUUCUAUGACCGUUACCGCGGGGCAUUCUACAUACAUUUACGAAAUCUCCUUCGAUGACUACUCGCUUAGAGAAAGCUGCAAGUACCGCAGCACAACCUGGGUCUCCUGCGAUGUGACAAACACCCAGUCGGAUUUCUCCUCCGUCAUGGCCAUCACUACAUCCAUUGAUGUGCCCUAUGUCGCAGUAACUGUCACCUCAACUGAAACGGAUGCAGUGACUGUCACCUCCACUGCAAUUAGCACUUCUGCUGCGUCGGCGAAGUCCGCCUCUGGGUCCGAGUCCGAGUCUUCCUCGAGCAUCACCGCUCAGCCCUCUGGAUCUGCUUCACCUACCACCGACUCCGGUGUCGAUGCCGAGGAGACUUCCUCCGACAACGCCGCCAUGGCCCAAGUCACUGGCUCCGCGACGCAGUGGCUCGUUAGCGGCGCUGGUAUGGCUCUUGCUCUUGCGCUGGCUUGA